AUGGGUAGCGGCGACUGGUAACUGAAAACUUGAUUGACGUGCCUAUAGAAAAAUUGAAUCAAUUAAAAUACAUUUGCGGCAAGCAUUUUCAUGCAAAAUAUUUCAAGAAAAAGAAAACACUGUUAAAGAAAAAUGCUGUUCCACAUAUUGAUAUUGCUAAAAAUCCAUUAAUAGAUGAAAUGGUCCAUAGUUUUCCAUUACACGUCCAAUAUGUGGCUAAAAGUGACACAAGAAAAGAUGUUUUAAAUGAUCAUAAUUACUGCAGCCGUAUUGCCGUGAUUGCGGUUGCUGCAUUCUACACGCCAUUCUUCAAGGAGGUGUGGGAGCGUAAAGGCGAGAUUGAGCGCGCCUUCCGCAUGGAGCAGCCUCACAACUUGCAGAUGUGGCAGCAGCGCGCCCCGCACCACCACCGCGACACCACUCCCACCAUCUCAACCACAAGACGGAACAUAAAUUGACUAACUCAUUGGAUCUACUGAUCGGUCCUGACUCACGAGCUGAUAUCGACUCUGAAUACAGCGACAUUUUGAACAACUCCAAGAAUAGAGGCUUCCUUAAAGGUAUAGAAAUAUUAUUCCAUACAAUCUGUAGAUUUGCUAGAUGUAAUGCUAAAAGAGUACGAGUU